AUCUUCCGGAAGAGGAAGAGACUGGAGCGAGCAGAGAGAGACAGAGACUCGAGUGACGAUGGGCGCCUUGGUGAGGGCGCUGCCGUGGCUGCUCGCCGGUUCCGUGCUCCUCGUCGCCCUCUCCGUGCCCCUCGUCGGCUCGUGGCUGCGCACGAAGCGCUACGUCUUCGAGCCCGAAGAGGUGGCGAGGGUGGCAAAGAAAUAUGCGGGACUGGACCACGACGCGGCGUUCGGAAAGGUUGUGGCGGAGCUGCGGCGGACGCAUCCGGGGCACGUGCUGCCCGACAGCGAGAUGCAGUGGGUGUUUGUAAACGCGGGCGGUUGGAUGGGCGCCAUGUACCUCCUGCACGCAUCCCUCACCGAGUACGUGCUGCUCUUCGGCACGGCGGUCGAUACUUCCGGGCACUCCGGCCGCUACUGGGCGAACAUCUCUGACACGAUCAUAUCAGGGACCUUCCGCCAGUGGAAGGAGGGCACCACGAAGAGCGAGGUGUUCUACCCAGGCGACACGAUCGUGCACAGCGCGGGCGAGGCAACGUCCGUGCAGUGGACGGCCGGCACAUGGAUGGUGGAGUACGGCCGCGGCUUCAUCCCGUCCACGCUGGGCUUUGCGCUCACCGACACGCUCUUCAGCACGCAGGACUUUCUCACCGUGUUCUGGACACUGCGCGUGUACGCACGUGCCCUGGCGCUCGAGAUCACCACCGAGCUGCGCGACGCCGGCCUGCUGUGACGUCGCCAGCCCCCACCACACCCGCAAUGGGAAAGCGAUCGGUAGUCGAAGGGGUGGCAGGAGACGGGUGGUGGGGAGGUGGGGCGAAGAGGAUGCAGGGCACACGGUGCAACCAAGUUCCAGUCCUGCCCGAACCCAAAUUCGCCAAUAAGUCCACCAGUACCGGCCAUCCCACUGGUCCGAAUCCUAAUUAGCAAACUUGCCAACCAGCCACCCACUCCGACUGUCCUCCCACUGGCCAUGAACCCAACCUACCCAACGAGUUAACCAGAAACUACGACGGACACUAGGUUAAGUUAAAUAGCCGAGUAUGGAGUGUGGGACUCUUGGGCAGUUAAAGCGUUCGCUGCCCAGACCUAGCACCCAUUAAUCUAUCCACGUAACAAUUCAACGAAGAGGAAGUGAAUUGAGGUGCAGGCGGGGGGGGGGGGUAUUGAAAAACGAUGAUUCUCAACCCCCGACUCACCUCGUGUCCUUCGUAGUACCAGCCCCUCCUUAGUAACUAGCCACCAGUACAAGGCCUCUUGCUGAUCUUCAUCGAAUCCAAUUUGACACCCAGCUACCCAUUAUCCAGCUCUUAUUAUCCCCUACCUCCUGCACUGUCAUGGCCCCCUUUCGCUUGAGCGUUGCGUCUCUAUUGCGCUGUAUUGCGGUGUUCACGUGUCUGCGUGCGUGUGUCUGCGCGCCAAUUGUCCCAUUGCACGUCACAAGGGAGGCGGCGCUGCAAAGCUGCACUUUGAUUUGCCCCCCCCCCCCCCCCCCCCGCGGGUCACGUGGGGGACUGUGUGAUUGGCUGGUCAAGUCUGCUGUGUUGAUAUUGCCGCGGUCUGUCAGUCAUGGAUUUUCUGUCUGCAGCCCUGGCAGGAGGAAUACUCACUGGGUUUCUAGAUUUAAGACCGCCCUACAUUAUUGGAUGUAUCGCGAGUUGAUGUCCGGUCACCUAUGACUGGACAGAAAAAACCCCAUUGCAUUACAUUUGGUUCUGCACGUAAUUUGGCGAAAUUCCAGCUCUAUUGAAUAAAAAAAAACAUAUUUUUGACUCGUGCGACCAAAAUGACUCUCAUGGCAGAGCGGGUGGGAAAGUGCUGCCCUCCACUGUGGGCCAGGGAGGGCUGCACUGUCCACUUCUAUGGGGCCAUUCUUGAAAGUCCACAUUGGUUGCGCCAUCUCUGCAACAGAUCCAAAUGGAGAACCGAGUCUAAUGACAUUGCAACAAUUACACGGUCGGGAUAUAAAUGGUGGAAAUGCAAUUAAACGUUCAAAGGUGGGAUGGGCGAACUACAGGUUGGAAUUCCUGCGUGCCUGCACCCAGAGAGGCUGUGACUUUAAUUAACGUGUGCCAGCACUCAUGGGCAAGUCACCAAGGUGGAAUUUUGGCUGAGAUCUUGGUUUGAGGGCCGCAUUGCUCCCGGCCCUAUGCGUAUUGAAAGCUGCUACCUACCCCAAAAGUCGCUGCUGUUUUGUGUUUAACGUCUGAUCAUGUCUGAGCCACAAGCAAGGGAACUGUGACAAACUAAAGCAUUUCAUAAUUUAUUUUAAAAUACCUGAUUACUCUUAAUUAAUCGGUGCUGUCCAAUUACUUAUUUGCAGUGGUGUUGUGGAAAUAUGCUGCUAAUGAGCUCACGAGGUGGGCCGGACCCAUUGGUAAUUGGUUGGCGGCUGGUUAACCUACCAGGCAUUGAACAAUUCAUCUUGGCAACACUAUUCGAGAAUUUAUUUUGUGACUUAGUCGUUGUGCGUGCGAUGUCCAUGAAGCACUUGUGUGUAGUACAACGAAUUGACUUUAAUAUUAAGUGUUGCAUUGUCAAGUGGCUAACCAAUUGCCACCUCUGCUGAAUGUCUCCCCCCCCCCCCCAUCCCACGCUGUUUCACCGGGAGGGGGGGGACACGGAUGGAAAGAGCAAUAGCGACCACGUGUCAGGGAUUGUGCUGCUUCGCCUGGUCAGGUUCCCCCCCCAACCCCCACCCCCCACCCACUGUCCAGCUGCUCAGGGCCUGCCUGGCUGAUAGGUGUGGGACAUAGGGUGCGUUUUGGGGGGGGGGGGGGUUGACCACGAUGGCUUCAUCGCUGCUGGGUGUUGGUGUGUCCUGUGGGUUUACAAAACGUUUGUCUCGAUGACGUGGGUGGGGGGGAAUUACUGUAGGUGUAAUAAACGAGUCAACCACGGA